AUGGACAACGAAACUAACCAAGAAAACCCAUCUCUCCCCCCAAACAAUUACACCUCCACAACCAAGGAAUUAGAGUCUCCAAGAUCAAAACCCCAACAACCUCUUGGUGUUGGUGGCAGCAGUGACAGGCUAAAAAGAGAUGAGUGGAGUGAAGGAGCAGUUUCUAGCCUCCUUGAGGCCUAUGAGACCAAAUGGGUUCUCAGAAACAGAGCAAAACUCAAAGGCCAUGAUUGGGAAGAUGUUGCAAGACAUGUCUCGUCUCGUGCCAAUUGUACCAAGUCCCCCAAGACUCAAACCCAGUGCAAGAACAAGAUUGAGUCCAUGAAGAAACGAUACCGUUCUGAGUCUGCCACUGCUGAUGGUUCAUCAUGGCCUCUCUAUCCACGGCUUGAUCUUCUGCUACGUGGCAGUGGGCCAUCCCCAACAGCAGCAUCAGCAGCAGCAACUGUAACAGCUGCAGCUAUACCACCACCACCACUACCACCACCACUGCCAGUACAACUGCCUCCUCCGCCGCCUCAGAACAAUCAUCCUUUGAUGCUACUGGAGCCAUCAGCGUCGCUGCAGCCACAGCCACCACCUACUGCUCCUCCUCAACCUAUAGGAACUGCCCAAAAUUCAUAUGGAUCCAAUGGUGUUGAUCAUAGGGUGGCCAAGGAAGAUGGAAUGGGGAUGAAAUUGUCAGACCAUGCAUCAGACAAGAACCCUUUGGAGAUAGACAGUAGCACCCCAGCUCUUUACAGUGACAAGGAAAAAUUAAGGUCCAAGAGAAUGAAGAGGAAGAUAGAGAAAAAGAAGCGGCGAAGACGGGAGGAAGUAGAGAUAGCAGAGAGCAUAAGAUGGUUAGCAGAGGUUGUGGUGAGAUCAGAGCAAGCAAGAAUGGACACAAUGAGGGAGAUAGAGAGGAUGAGAGUUGAGGCAGAGGCUAAGAGAGGAGAAAUGGAUCUCAAGCGCACAGAAAUUAUUGCCAAUACACAGUUGGAGAUUGCAAAGCUCUUUGCGGCUGGUGUUGGCAAGGGGUAUGUAACACUGAGAGAAAAGAAAGGAGAACCUUUUGGAAGCAAAGGUGAGGAAGAGUCAACUAAUUAA